GUUUUAUAUAUGCUACUUUUGAGUAUGCCUAACGCUUUACGAAGUACUAAUAAAACGCAAAGGAUAAUAUACUUUUUCCUAUAUUUUCUAUUACUCUGCCUCUUAAGAAAUUUUAUCAAAGUGUAAUCAAGAGACAUUCUCUUUCUCUCUCUCUCUCUCUCUCUCUCUCUCUCCGUGUUUCGUUAUUAUCCAAUCAAAUGAAUCGAGAGACACUUAUGCCACUUUUUGAUGUAUUAUAAGAUGAAAUUAUCUAACAUUCACUCAACAUUCACCGAGAAAAUUCUAACUAUUCUUGAAGGUUCAUGGUUCUGUGCACAUCCAUAAUCUUCCAUAGGAUGCGUCAAACCUUGAAUGGAGAACGCGUCUGCUCAGCAUUGCUAAGUGCUUGGCGAGUAGUUUACAUAGAUAGAGGAUAGUUAAAAUUCAAAUUAUCUUUUCUGCAAGUUUAUUUACUCUGUUUAUAUAUAUAUAUAUAUAUUUUUUUUUUUAUUUUUUUUUAUUUAUACAUUUUAAUAUUUUGAUUUUGAGAUAUUUCAUAAAAAUUAUCAUAAAAUUUUCAGUACCGAAUUUCUUAGAGAAACAUGGUAUAAGACUUAAAGCAAAGUUUCCCCCCUAAACUUAUACGAUCGCGGCCCACUUUUAAAAAUGGCAAAUAUCUGCAACUCAUCUCGAACUUUAUAAGGAAAAGCGAAAGAGGAGGAAGAAUAAAUCCAUUAUUUAUUUAUACCACUUUACUCUUUCUACUUUUUAAUUUUUUAUUGAAUAUAUUUUUACAAGUAUAUUUUUUUCAAAAUAUAAGGUAUAAAGGUUUUAAAAAAAUGCGCUUAUUUUCUAUUUUUAUUAAUAAUAUUUUUGAUAUAGCGUUAAAGCAAAUCAUUUUCAUGUACAAGAAAGUUUAAUAAUUGUAGCUUAUUUCAAAAUUUUUUUUAUUUUUACGCAAUGGCUGAAAAAUUUUUGUAAUCCACCAAAACUUGGAUUAUUUACCAGUCUUACCAGUGGGUGACCUUUAGAAAUCCUUGAUAAUUAAGAAGAUAUAAGAUUUUUGAAUGUUCUUAUAUAUUUUUAGAUUACUUAAAUAAAAUACUAAUAUAAACUAUCUGAAUAUUAAAAACUUUAUUAUCUUUAAAUUAUUUGCUAUGACAAUUUGAUAGGUAAAUAAGAAUGAUAGAAAAGAGGUAAUCAUUCCUAAUAAUUCAGUAAGAUAUUCUAAUUUCAUUAGAUUAUUAAUGUUAUUCUAUUUAUGUUUAUUUAUUAAAAAAUCGAAAAUAAUUAUUCUUUCUUUUAGAAGUUUAACAAAUGAUGUUCUAUUAAACCACGUAAUUAUUAAUUGAUAUGUGGAACUCGUAAAUUUCAUGAUCAAACAUUUAUAUAUUUCCAAAACAUUAAUUAAAAAAAAAAAUUAUCCUCGAAAUUUGAAGUUUCAAGAUUUAAAGCUCCAAAAUAUAUUUUAGCCUGUGGAAGAGACAUUCAUCGCAAGGUCUGCCGCACAAGUUAUGCAAUUAAAACAAUAAUGGUGCUCGCUCCCAACGCCGGUAACAACGAGCAAUUUCAGGUUGAUUAUGAUGCUCCAUCUCGUAAUUUGUGAUACCGACGAAGCAUACAAAAGUGCUCUCCGUGCUGCGGCUAUACCUCAAGAAAUAAUGAUGAUAUCGGUCAAUUGCACAAUUUGUCGUAUUUGAACAAUACAUACCUUGCUUUUUUUAUACAUAUAAACAAGCUUUUUGGACAUACAAUUGAUGUUCUUUUGCGACGAGUGACGAGUGACGAGUGACGAGUGAACAAAUAGAUUUACGGAAAUUGAACUUCCCUCGUAACAAGUGUUUCGCACUUUCAAUCAAUCAAUGCGGUAAACGUUUCGCGUUUAUUUAUACCAAUGAGCGGAAGUUGAUGUUGAUGCUAUGUAUGUAUGCUAUGAGGUGGAAGAGAAUGGAGCAGUGACGUACGGUGGAGACACGUGCAGUACAUACAGACUAAAUCAGAUUCCAUCUCAGGCUCGCGAUUAAUUCAACGACGUCAAUUCAAAUUCCGGGAACACGCAAAUCAUCAAAAUGAUAAUACCCAAGAGUUUCUUCAGGAGGAUCAGCAAGGAUUUCAAAUCGAAGGAGCUGAUGCCACUAAAGUUAAUAUUUUUCGUUCACGCUUCCACACUUUACGUGUUGUAUCCAUACUUGACUAUACACAUGAGAGAACUGGGAAUAAAUGUGGAAGAGACUGCGAUAAUGAGUUCCAUCACUCCUCUCGUGGCCAUAGUGAUGCCGCCGCUCGCCGGUAUGUUAGCCGACCGGAUAGGAAAUUUCAGAAUUUUGCUGUCGGUGUUUUCCGCAUUCGGCGGUUUAGCGGCGUUACUGCUAUUACUGGUGCCAAUCGGCAGAGUGACAGUACAUUUCCCCGAGAGGAUAAUCAUGGACCUCGGUUGCGAUGGUAGAAACGGUUCGUUACUACACACAAUGAGCCAGGUUUAUCCGUGUGAGACGAAAUUAGAAUCGGAGAUCGCUAUAAAAGUAGAAAGUUGUGGAUUCGUGUGUCACGUAGAAGCGAGCAACGAGACGGAUCAAAAUCUAAUUCUAAAAUCGAGGCAUUAUACAGUCCAACAUCUCAAUUUUCAAACUGGCGUUAAUACCUCGUACAAAUAUAUCGUUGCGCAGAGCGACUUGUCAACGAGUACUAGUCAACAGGAAGAUAUGAAGGAACAUCGACAAUUGAGAAAUAAUGAGUUCUUCAAAACUGCUAUUCGGCAGAUUUCGAAAACGCACUAUUUUUUUCCUACGGACCAGCAGUUGUCACUCUCAUGUAUGUCUCAAUCGGGACACGCUCAAGAUAUUGAUAACUUCACUACUGAGACAACGCAUAAAAUGUACAGAAAUCAUACGUCAUGCACGUUCGAUAGUUUAAUGAAAUCGAAGGAUAACGUUAAUCGAACAAUAAAUUAUCAUUUGUAUAAGUCGAAAAUUAAAAGUUUUAAACCGGAUGAAGAUGAUUUACGAGAGGAACGGCAAAGAUAUUUGAUAGAAGAAUUAUCCUGGGCGGGGGAAGAUUUUCAAAGACCCAUUUGCGAUGAUCAAGAUUCCAUAAAUAAUCAAAUCACGAUACAAGUGCGGCUCUAUGAUCACGAAGCGAAUCUAGAAGCACCCGAGCGAGUCUUGAGCACAAAUGAAUGCAGGAAGAAAUGCAUAGUUACUCUGCCUCGUAAUGCAGUAUGUUCCAACAUGAAUAUGGAAAUCGAAUACAACAUAAAGCUAACGUUCUGGCUUUAUCUCGUCGUUCGAGUGUUCAUAGGUAUUAUUGGUGGUACAACUUUUGCCAUGUUCGAAGGUGCUGUUAUAGCGAUAUUGCGAGAACAGGAGGCGGAUUACGGUCUUCAAAGAAUUUACGGCAGUAUAGGAGGCAUGAUUUCCUCACCCUUAUCGGGCCUUCUCAUAGACUACGCUAGCAAGGGUAAAGGAUACACGGAUUUUAGACCAGCAUUUUAUCUAUACGCGGCAUUGAAACUUGCAUCUGGCGUUCUCAUGUUGAUGAUCAACUUAGAAUUCAAGGCACCCGCCACGAACGUCGUGCGUGACGUCUUUAUUGUGCUGAGAAAUAUCGAAACUGCCGUACUUUUCCUUGCUUGCUUUAUUCUCGGCACUGCUUGGGGAUACAUCGAGUCGUUCCUCUUCUGGCUAAUCCAGGAUCUGGGUGGGUCUAGAUCGCUCAUGGGUAUCACGGUGGCAGUAGGCGGUAUCGCCGGCAUACCGUUGUUGGCACUCUCGGGCCCGAUAAUAUCAAAGAUUGGUCACGCGAACGUGCUCUUCAUAGGUUUCGUGUUUUACGCCAUCAGGCUUUGCGGCUAUUCUUUGAUUUACGAUCCUUGGCUUACUUUAAUCUUCGAGGCAUUAGAGUCGGUUACAACAUCCCUCAGCUUCACUGCAGCCGUCACUUACGCGGCAAAAUUAUCAACCACAUCUACCGACAGCUCGAUACAAGGAUUGCUCGGUGGUGUUUAUUAUGGAGUUGGCAAAGGUUCCGGGGCUUUGAUCGGCGGUUACCUAAUGAAAAGUUUUGGUACCAGACCGACCUAUCAGAUUUUUGCCGUAGUAACUUUGGUGACCGGUAUAAUAUAUUUUAUAUUCAAUGUGACUUAUUUAAAGAAGCGAUCUCAACUCGAAGGUAACGAUAUCGUGAAGAAAAAACCGAAAAAUAUUAAUAAGCAAGAUAUCUCCGAGAAGCACACGAGUGAUAUUAGUCUCAACGAAAAGUCACAGAGUAAACAAAUUAAUAACACGAGCAACACAAUGGGAAACGAUAAUGAAGGAUUUCUGAAAGAAGAAUCGCAAAAUAAUAAAAAAACGGAUGAUCUGAAUCCAAUUGAGAUCGAAGCUAUCAGAAAUGCUAAAAAUAUUGAUGAAAUUGAACAAAAUCCAAGGAAACUUGAAGACAAAUUAGCGACAAAGAAUAAUGUGACUCAAAGAAAGGUUGAAGAAAGCGACGUGCAAGAAAGCUGUUUUAUUAAUCCCAAUUUUGUGGCAGACAAUUUAGACCAGAAUAAAAUCACGGUGGAAAAUGAGCACAGCGUAUCUCAAAAUGACAAACAUAUCGGUUGAGUUUGUAAGAGGAUUCCUGGCUUAACGAUAGUCAAUUAUUAAGAAAAUUGGCUGCAAUAAACAAUUUAUUCCGAAAGAGAGAAAUUAAUUAAAAAUUUUUAAUCUAAAUUAUUUAAAAUAAAAGAUAGACAAAAAAUGUAUUAUCAUCUAUAAUAUUUAGCUUUUUAUUGAGUAAAAAAACGCUAGAGAUUCAAAAAGGUAGGCAUUGAUAAAAUGAAAAAAGAUGAAAUCGAUCAAAGUAGUCAAUUUAUCAAUUUUAUAGAAAAAUAUAUACACACUGCGUAAAACGUUGCGAAUUUAUUAGUAACUUUUUAAUAAACGAUUACUUAAUGAAGAUUAUGAUAUGAGAAUUGUGAUAGCAAAGGCCAUAAUUAUUGGAAUUAAAUAUCCCUUUAUCAAUAUUCAUAUUUUUCACAUUAUAAAUGUAUAUAUAAAAUUUUGUAAUAUUUAGAUUAUAAAAAUUAACAAAACUGAUUCCACUGAUUACAUCAGAGACAAGCUAUGCCGCGUUCUAGCAAAAGAUCUCAUUAGAUGCAUCAUAAUAUAUUGUACAUACACGCAACAUGUUUGUACACAUAAAAUAUAUAGAUUUUCAUAUCAUAUUCUCCAUCGUCCAGAUCUCGCGUUUAUAAUAAUUUUAGCGACUUGUAAAUAUCACAGCUUAAUCUGUAAUAUAGUCAAAUUUCUCAAUAUAUUAUAAAUCAAUAUAA